AUGGACGGAAUCAAGAAUGCAUUCGCCAGAGCUAAGCAGGAGAAGCGUGCUGCUCUGGUCGCCUACUUCACUGCAGGAUAUCCUACUGUCGAGGAGACCGUAGAUGUUCUGAUGGGCCUGGAAAAUGGUGGUGCUGACAUUAUCGAAAUGGGUGUCCCUUUCACCGACCCCAUCGCAGACGGACCGACUAUUCAGAAGGCCAACACUCAGGCUUUGGCCAAUGGUGUCACGAUCCCCAUGGUCCUGGACCAGGUCCGCGCCGCCAGAAGCCGCGGUCUGAGGGCACCCGUUCUUUUGAUGGGCUACUACAACCCUCUGAUGCAGUAUGGUGAGGAGCUCAUGCUCCAACACUGCAAGGAAGCCGGCGUCAAUGGAUUCAUCAUGGUCGAUCUGCCCCCGGAGGAGGCCGUUCGCUUCAGAGAUCUUUGCGCCAGCGCUGGUCUCUCUUACGUUCCCCUCAUUGCUCCCGCCACCUCCGAGUCCCGCAUGAAGCUUCUUUGCAAGAUUGCCGAUUCCUUCAUCUACGUCGUCUCCAGAAUGGGUGUCACCGGUGCCACCGGAAAGCUCAGCUCGAACCUGCCCGAACUCCUGUCUCGCGUUCACACUUGGUCCGGAAACGUGCCUACGGCACUAGGAUUCGGUGUUAGCACCCGCGAGCACUUCCUGUCCGUCCAGAACAUCUCCGAGGGUGUUGUUAUUGGUAGCCAGAUCAUCACCGUUUUGGGUGACGCCCCUGCCGGCCAGGCGGCUAAGCAUGCCCAGGACUACCUUACCAGCGUGACCGGUCGUCGCCUUGAGAGAGACGCUCAGGGCAAGGUGACUGGCUCCGUCAACGUGCUUGACCCCGUCCUGAAGGAGGCUCCUCCUGCCCUCUCUCAGCCCACUGAUGUCAUUACCAACGACGACACCCCGGCUGGCCCGGGCCUGGUCGACCAGAUUGAAGCUCUGAACGGCUCUGGUGACCCUGCUCUCAUUCCCUCCCGUUUCGGCGAGUUCGGUGGCCAGUACGUGCCCGAAUCCCUGAUGGACUGCUUGGCCGAGCUCGAGCGUGGCUUUGAUGAGGCGCGCAACGACCCUAAGUUCUGGGAGGAAUACCGCUCCUACUACCCCUACAUGGGCCGCCCCAGCAGCCUUCAUCUUGCUGACCGCUUGACGGAGCAUGUCGGCGGUGCCAACAUCUGGUUGAAGCGUGAGGAUCUUAACCACACUGGAAGUCACAAGAUCAACAACGCUCUCGGUCAGAUCCUGCUUGCCCGCCGUCUGGGCAAGAAGAGAAUCAUUGCCGAGACUGGUGCUGGCCAGCACGGUGUCGCCACGGCUACCGUUUGCGCCAAGUUCGGCAUGGAGUGUGUCGUGUACAUGGGUGCCGAGGAUGUCCGUCGUCAGGCUCUCAAUGUCUUCCGUAUGAGACUUCUUGGUGCUUCCGUCGUUGCCGUCGACGCCGGCAGCCGCACCCUCCGUGAUGCUGUCAACGAGGCCCUCCGCGCCUGGGUUGUCCACCUCGACACUACCCACUACAUCAUCGGUUCCGCCAUCGGGCCUCACCCCUUCCCGACCAUCGUGCGUACCUUCCAGUCUGUCAUUGGUGAUGAAACCAAGGAACAGAUGAAGACCCUUAUCGGCAAGCUGCCCGAUGCUGUCGUCGCCUGCGUUGGUGGUGGCAGUAACGCCGUGGGUAUGUUCUACCCCUUCUCGAACGACCCCAGCGUCAAGCUCCUGGGUGUUGAAGCCGGUGGUGACGGUGUCGACACCGACCGCCACUCCGCCACCCUCUCCGGCGGCAGCAAGGGUGUCUUCCACGGUGUCCGCACCUACGUCCUCCAGGACAAGCACGGCCAGAUCUCCGAAACCCACUCCAUCUCCGCCGGUCUCGACUACCCCGGUGUCGGCCCCGAGCUCUCCAACUGGAAGGACAGCGACCGCGCCAAGUUCAUUGCCGCCACCGACGCCGAAGCCCUCACCGGCUUCCGUGCUCUCGCUCAGACCGAGGGUAUCAUCCCCGCUCUGGAGUCCUCCCACGCCGUCUUCGGUGCCAUGAAGCUCGCCAAGUCCAUGAAGAAGGGUGACAACAUCGUCCUCAACCUCAGUGGAAGAGGUGACAAGGAUGUCCAGAGUGUGGCUGAUGAGCUGCCUCGUCUGGGUCCUAAGAUCGGCUGGGACUUGCGCUUCUAA